AUGACUGAAGUUAGUGAAACAUUUUUCAUUUCGCUCCCAAAGCCAAAAUUAAAUAAAAUCGAAAAAGAAAAGGAACAUGUGAUUGCUGGUCAUCCGAUACUGAACUACAGUUUUGUUGAUAAGCUGUGGUCGUUUGAAAUCGCAGGUGGAGUCGAUCAACAUGCACCUUUAACAGUUAUUAAUGUGAAGAAAAAUGGCUUAGCGAAACGAUCCGGAAUUAAAAUCGGGGAUGAAAUUAUGUACAUUAAUAAUAUUUCAACGGAAAACAUGACACUGUUGGAAGCACAAGUUGAGAUACAAGAAGCUGGAAGAUCUUUAAAAAUUAUUGUUCGUGGUGAUAACGAUGAAAGCAGCAAUAGCAGUGAAGAUGAGGCGACCGUUGACUUUUGGUUUAAACCUAUGAAUUCACAACAGCUUGACUUGGUAGAAUGGUAUAAAAAACGGGAAGAAAAGCGAAGGAUGACACAACAACUUUAUCAAGGAUUUCCUUGGAAUGAUCGAAAAAAGCCCAAUUUACGAAGCUCAAAUUGCUUCAUGGCUGUAAAUAACAAACCUCAAGAGCGCGAAAUUAAAUUGAAGGUCAGCAAGGAGCGGUACAUUGAAAAUGAGAAAGAACGACUAAGUGAAAUUGAAAGCAAAAGAUUAUUUUAUUGAAAAAUUCUACCCAGAUGGAAAUUCUCUUUCUGCCUCAUUUAAAACACUCCGUCUAUUAAGAAGCCUUAAUCUUGAACUACAAUAAGAUAUUUGAAGUGUAAAGACGAAGUGUUCCAAUUUGUCUAUUUAUAAGAUGUGAAUAAAUUUGAUUUA